GUGUGUGUUUGUGACGAGGUUUUGUUUGCGAAAAUCUAGACAUUGUCGCGUUAUUUGUUUCUCUGUGAGUGGUGAGUCGGCAGGUGAAAGAAGCUGGUUUCUGUAUCCUGCGUUUGUCUGUGGCUGCCACACGCUGUCCACCUGCCAGGAACUACUGACCGUCGGAAGGGAUAAUCCCACGAACAGUGGACGUGAACUUAACACUGCAUCGCCUGUGCACAGUGAACAGUUUUAAGUCUUUUUUGGCUUAUUAUUUGGGACGGGGGAAAUUUAAUCUCAUCUCUGAAGUGAAUAAGACGGAACGUGUGACCAUGGUCGUUCACGACACAUUUAUGAAACGUGAUGAGGCCUGCGAUACAUAAGGGUGGGGAAUGGGGUUGUAGUGUGACAGUGGCAGUGGUAUGGUAGAUUGCACAAAUAGAAGGGGGUAAGCAGAGGGGUUGGUGGUUGAAAUGUGAACCGUCAUUGGGUAGUGGGGCGAAUUCCAUCCCUCAAGCCUCAAAUCACAUCAGUUAAGUUUGAAACCGCGUUACGUCACAGCAACACACGGAACUGGUGGUCAGGUGCAGAAUAGGAACACAAAUUAACGUUUACUUUGAGGGCGAAGCUGUGUUUGUUUGUCACGUGUCAUUCUAAAAACCAAUCAUAAGUUUCAAUUUAUCCAACGUGUGGUUCCACGGAGUUGGCGCUUUGCCCCUUCGGCCGGACAGCCGUUCCGACGGCAAGUCCGGGGGGCUACGUCCCCGUCCGGAUACUCAGCUAGCAAGACUAGCCGAGUCAGCACCGCAUGUACCCGAAAUGCUAACUGGUGCUCACGCAGGUAUUCAGCGCAGUGUAGAAAUAGGCCAAGCAGUUCGAGGCACUGGUCUCUUACUAAGCAGAAAGAAACAGGAUAACAUUAAGAGUAACGGCGCAGUGUUCCACGUAUCGGACUCCAAUUGUAUCGCCAGACUCCCGGUAGGUGUUCAUAAAACUGGUGCUCACAGAAGCCAUCCGAUUCCCGUGAGACCUCCAGUAGUUCCAAGUCUGAAACCGAAACCUCCCGAAAGAACAACUAGCGAAAGCUCUCUACCCGUUAGCAAGGAGGUUGCGGUACCUUCUCUGACGCCGGAAUCGAAACCAGAACCCCCUGAGACAAUCCCAUCCGAACCCACUAAGACCAGCAAGAAUAAUCCGUGUCCAGGAUUUGCAGACUCGAAUCCGAAGGUUACUGAAGAAAGCACAACUGCCUCUGCUGACCCAGCUUCAUCGUCUGAAGUUGCAGAUGUUAACCCAGGCGCUGAGGCACCAAAAGCAAAGGAAGGUCCACUGAGAACAUUGGCUUCGUCAUCACCGAGAAGCUCGCAGUUGAGUUUAUUUCUAGCCCCUAUAAACGAAAGAGAGACUGGAAGAACAGCAUCUCCAGCUCCUCCAAACAGAACAUCUCUCUCGAAUUUAAUUCCACCAGAAGAAAGAGAUUACAGAAGGUCUCCAUCUCCACUGCACCCGGCACAGGCGUCUGAAUACUUCUUACCCAUUCAAAAAUCGCCUUUAAAGGAGACCACUGGAAAGAAAUCUCCACUGCCGGAUCAGUUCUCAACUGGAAAGAAAUCUCCAUUGCCGGAGUACGUGCCCAGUGGAUAUAGAUCUCCAUUACCAGAGUGCAUAGUCAAGAACCUCGUCCGGCAAUCGUCCAGUAGAACCAGUAUCCCAGAGGUACACGAACCCAGUCCUACUCCAUCAAAACCAGUUAAGAAAGAGUGUGCAUGCGGAGACCCCCGGAGACCUCCAACACCGGUGCGGCCCAAAAGCGUUGCCUUUGCCAUUGACGACGAAGAUAUCCGUAUACCUCCACCACCGCCACCUCCAAAAAUUGUUACAAAAACUUUAGGCGUUCCUGCAGGCAUCUCCAAGGCAACCAGCUGCCCAGGAAUCAUAUAUUCUCCACGGAAGGACAUACUGAUUGUUAAGCAGCCUCUUGCCAUCAUCAAACCUUCAGUUUCUCCUAUUCAAACCAUUGGAAUUAAAAGUACAGCAUCCGGGAAGAUUAUCAUCACAGGAGCAGGGGACAUCGAAGCAGAGGUUGUCAGCGUUGUUACGGCGGGGGGCGAGGUUCUCAGCGUGGUCUGUGAGAAGCAGGGUGGCGACGGCGAGCUCAGAACUGCUAGUGACAAUUCGUGUGCAGUCGAGGGUAACGCCGCUAGAACUGGACUCAGAUCAGAUUUCAACUCCUCCUUGGCAUCUCUGGUGGGCGCGUCUGUGCGAAGGUCUUCAGUUACGUCACUGGUUGUUGGGGGUUGUUGUGGAGGGUCUGAAUUUGGAGGGCUAAUUAUUGGUGACGAUAUUGUUGUGAUGGGAGCGAGUGGGGGCGCUGGGGCGGGUGCUAAGGGUGCGUCUGGAGGCAGUGAACCGGAAAGUUGUGGAGGUGGAGCGUGCAGAAAGAUAUUAUCUGGAAGACAUCAGCAGCAGCAGGUGACAUCUACCGGACCGGCGUCGAAACAACAGCCCCAACAGUUUCAGCAGCCGAAGGGUGGAGGAGGUCCUGGGCCUGGACCGGGGGGAGAAGGAGGCACACAGAGCAACAGAAGUCAACCAGCCAUCGGACUCAAACAGACGCCGAAGGCGAGGCCCACCAUCUUUGGAACUGUUGCUUCUGACCAGACACCAAAAGAUGGCUCCAGCUGUAGAAGGAGCAUGCCUCAGACUCCGCAGUCUGGGAAAAGUUUCAGCGCUCUGCUGAAUGGCGGCGCCCCUGGGGAACACAGCUCCAGUGUGGAAUCGGUCCUGGAGUCCGGACCUCGCCCGGAUCAUGCGCUGGUAUAUCGGGACGGCGGCAACCUGGUGUCAGGGUCACUGGACGCUCUGGUACAGCACAUGGUGCCUACCGCGGAGUACUACCCUGACCGCGCCUACCUCUUCGCCUUCUUGCUGAGUUCCCGCCUCUUCAUAAAACCUCACGAGCUGCUGGGGGAAGUCUGCGCGCUCUGCGACUCGCAGCAGAAGCUGGGAGACAAGCAAGUGUCUGCAAAGGAACGUCUGGGCCGUUUCGUCCCACACCUAGUUCAGCUGUUGGCCGAGUGGACGGAAACCUUCCCUUACGACUUCAGGGACGAGCGCGUAAUGGCACACGUACGGGCCAUCACUCAAAAAUGCGUCACUGUCGAUCCGGGUAUCAGGAAGGAGGUGUCCACUUUGUUACAGAAUUUGCUGCACCGACUCACGGCGCUCGAGAAAUAUGAAGAGUUCCUGCAGAGGAUCAACGCGGAGGCCUCCACCAACUCCGUGGAGAAUCUCAGUCCGACGGACGUGACAGAGCUGUGUCCAAGCCCCGCACUCCUGGCGCAGCAGUUAACACACGUCGAACUGGAGAGGCUCUCCUACAUUGGGCCUGAGGAGUUCGUCCAGGCGUUCGCCAAAGAGAACCCGCAUCUGGAGACGUCCUUCAAAGACAUGAAGAAGACGCGAAAUCUCGAGUCCUAUGUGCAGUGGUUCAACAGGCUUAGCUACUUCGUGGCCACGGAAGUUUGCAAGCAACAUGUCAAAAAGAAACUUCGGGUGAAGGUGAUGGAAUAUUGGAUUGAGGCAGCACGGGAGUGCUUCAACAUCGGCAACUUCAACUCCCUCAUGGCUAUCAUCGCCGGCCUUAACAUGUCACCCAUAUCCAGGUUGAAGAAAACGUGGAGUAAGGUGCAGUCAGCCAAAUUCUCCAUCUUGGAGCAUCAGAUGGACCCCUCGUCCAACUUCAGCAGUUACCGGUCAACACUGAAAGCUGCCAUGUGGCGGUCCGCUGGAGCUACAGACGAGAGGCAGCGCAUCGUGAUACCAUUCUUCUCCCUCCUCGUCAAGGAUCUGUACUUCUUAAAUGAGGGUUGCUCAAAUAAACUGCCCAAUGGCCACAUAAACUUCGAGAAAUUCUGGCAGCUUGCAAAACAGGUGACAGAGUUCAUUACAUGGAAGCAGGUGACAUGCCCAUUUGAGAAAAAUACAAAAGUCAUCACUUUCCUGCAAGCCAGUCCUGUGCUUACUGAGAAUGCUCUGGCACUUGCAUCUUUUGAAUGUGAACCUCCUGAAAACAAUCAUGAAAAGGAACGUUACAAAGCCCUCAGGUCUGAGUUGAACUCAUGAAUGAGUUAGGUUUCCUUGGACAGAAAUCUUAUGAGUGAAGGAAAUGAGAGAGGUGGCAGCAAAACUGGAAGCAUGUAUAAGUAUGGCGAUGAUCCAGAGCAAAGCACACAAAAUGGUUAUAUGGUUAAAAUGGCCCAAAAGUCAUUUACAUUUGAGAGACCUGAGAAGUUUAUAAUAGUCAGGAUAAGUAUUAUGUGGUCUCUUCUUCUGGUUUAUUGCUCUCAUCGCACCAUCUUCACAGGAGCAGCAUUAUCACCAGCAUUGUCUACUUGCCAUUUCAACAAAGAAAAGACAUACCAACUCUGAGUGUCACUAUGGUACUCUGACUGAUAUAUAGCUGCUCGCAUUUUAUUAUUAGGUAUGUAAGAUUUGAGGUUUUCAUGGUGGUGACUAUGAAGAAUGCUGUCUUCUGGGAUAUGGCGCCAUGUAGAUCUUGGCCACAUCCCAGAAGAUGGCAUUCUUAAUAUAAAAUAUGUUUCCACUAUGAUCAGUGGUAGCCUGGACCUGAAUUCAAAGAACUGACAGCAUGAAUAAAUUUCUAGCUUUGUCUUUAUAAAUUUGAGUUUUUUAAACUCUUUAUUAUAACUGCAUUUAUUUAGGCGGAAAUCUUUUCUUUUUUCUAAGUAUUAUUGUAAAUGUUCGGUGCCUUCGUCUUUGUGAAGUUUUGAUGUAUUUUAGCGUGCGUGUGUAUGCAUGUAAUGUAUUCGUAUACUGUGAAGGUUGUUGACCAAGAGAACUGAAUGCUGGUCUGAAAAUAUGGCACUAAAAUAUUGACAUAGAUAAUAAAGGCUAUCUUCCAAGAUUUCAGAAAGACAGCUAACACCAGUACCUUCUUCAGAGUGUGAGGAAAGUAUUUUACAAGCUUAACAACUUAUGAUGAAGUUGUGAAAAAGGUGUUAUGUAAUCAUGACAGUUUAAUGGAACAUAAAAUAGUUUUUAUAAUCCAUGACAGGUGUUCCUUGGUGUUAUAUUGGUGAUUGCCCUUUACUGUAGAGACGUGUUGCAAUAACCAUUCUGUUGACACAAAUACAGUGGUACAUUUUUACUGAUGAUUCAUCAAUGAUCAUGCAAGACUACAUGAUAUUUUUAAUUUUAAAUUACAAUGUUAUCAUCACCGUCUUUCUUAAAGAGACAGCCUGCUAGACAGUUGAGGUUAUGUGUGUUUCACAUGUGAAGCAUCAUUGUACUUAAUAUUUAUUACAUUCACACAAUCCUGCAUGGCUCACCCCAAGGUUUUGUGCUGUCUGUAGAUUGGCUGGGAGACCAGAAUGUCCCCAAUGCCUCAUUCUAAACAUUAUUGGUGCAUAAGCAUAGUGUUUUAUUAGCCUAGUAAUGUAGAGGUAAUGUAUUGCUAAAGCAGCAUUGAGUUACAUAUUUCAGAUCUGCUACCAGGCUUUUCCUAUGCCAUUAAAUCACCAUUUGGUGUACAGUUGUAUUUAAAUGACACAGAUAUAAAAAUAGAAUGAACAGAUUGUGUGAAAAAUAAUUUAGCAUUAUUCACUGUUGGACUAAUUAAUUAAAUAUCAUGAUAAUAUCUGUCAUUUGAAGUGUACUGGCAUGUACUGUAUAGUUAUUUUCAGUCUAGGAUUUGUGUAAGAGAUCAGAGGAAUUCUUCCUAGGAUGCAUUGGAUCGAGCAUAAAACUGUAGAAGUUUUGUUUUGCAUAAGCCUUAUAAUGACCUGUCAAUCAGGUAUCAGGUAUCAUAUUGUGCAAAAUUUAAAAAAUUUGGAGAAAAACUUCAAAACAGUGUGGAUAAUUUUAAAAUGUUUCUUUAGUUGAUGAACUGUACCCUGUGGAAGAUAAAGAGUAGCACUGUCAUAUCAUAGUAUAAAAAAAUGUUCACUCUAUAGUAAAAUUUUGCUGUGUGCAGCACAUUUUUCAGUUUUGAAUGUUUCGUACUCUCUUAUCAUUUACUACACAGAGACUGCUGACUGUAAGAGGGACUUUCUGAAAUAUUGAAAGAAGUACAAAUUUCAGUAUUGAAAGUGAAGAGUUUUAGGUGAAGUGUAUUCCUUCAUGGUCUGUAGUUUAUGACACCAUGUACACAUAAUCUUAUGAACUAAUUCUGAGAUAUUCUACAACAAGAAAUGUUUUCCAGUUUCUAUUUUUGUAUCUCAUGCUUCAUAGCAAUAUAUGAAGAAACCAACAUGACACUUCAUGAAAGAAGUUUUGAUCACAAGGAAACGUUACAGGUUAAAAAUUGUAGUUCAUACAAAUUUAAUCAUAGUGAUUAUUGCUGCCAGAUCGAAAGCUGGGAAUUGUUAUCAGAUUUUAAUUCCUUGAUUGCUAGUUAUUCCAAAUCAAUGAUUACAUUUUCUUGUAAAUAUCUUACAAAUAAUUUUGUCUUGCUUAGUUUCAGAAUCUUGCAAGUAUAAAAUGUUUUGUACUUGCAUUUCAGUCGUUUUUUGGAAACGGCAGGACUGACUUCAUGUCUCAAUAUAUGUUUAAAUAAGUAUGUAUGGGAGCUAAUGAAAGGAUGGAAAUUUCUAAGCAUUCUGUGAAGAGCAUGAAUAUUUUCUGUGUGGGCAAGUUAGGGAUUUAAAAAGGUGGUAUUAAGCCUGUCAUAUAUUUUUUUUUUGUAAUGAUGAUUUAGAAGGGUAAGAAGAAGAAAGAAAAUAGUACAGUAUGUGCCAAAAUAUGCAGUACUGAAACUCGUGUGUCUUGAACGCGCAUGUACGUUUGUCGACAGGUCAAAGUGUUCCCAGUAGUGAAAAGGAAGUUGUGUUGUCCAGUUGUUGUUGGAAAUGGGUCUCUCAACAGAGGAAAUAUUA